AUGGCCAAUGAUCAUUAUAAAUACGAGCCUUCCAUGGCCGCGGCAGUCAUCUUUACCGUAUGCUUCUCAUUAUCUGGCCUUUAUCACACUUGGCAGGUCGCAAGGUUGCGGUCUUGGUACUUUAUUCCAUUCAUUCUCGGUUGCGCUGUCGAGGCAAUUGGAUACGCAGCCAGAGCCGUCAAUGCAGGACAAGACUUUGGACAGUGGACUCAGGGGCCGUAUAUUAUCCAAGCGCUUUUACUUCUUCUUGGUCCGCCCUUUUUUGCCGCUUCCAUCUACAUGGUUCUGGGACGUCUAAUCAGGCUUCUCCAAGCUGAUCGAUACUCGGUCAUUAGGCUGAAGUGGUUGACAAAGUUGUUCCUGCUUGGUGACAUCGCUUCUAUUCUUUUACAGGGCAUGGGCGGUGGUAUGCUAGCAGGUGCCGACAGUGCUUCCCAACGCGAUAGGGGUCAACUUGUCAUCAUCAUUGGUCUUUUUAUCCAACUCAUUUUCUUCGGCGUCUUCAUAAUUGUCGCCAUAAUCUUCCAUCGGCGAAUCGUUCGGGACCCUACUACCGCAAGCCUCCAGAUCAACACACCAUGGAAGACUCUUCUUCUUAUCUUAUACGUAUCUAGCGGUCUCAUCAUGGUCAGGUCAAUCUUCCGAGUCAUCGAGUACAUCGUAGGCCCGGAUGGAGAGCUCAUGGCUAAAGAGGCUUAUAUCUAUGUCUUUGAUGCCACUCUGAUGUUGGCUGUUAGCGUUUGUUUCAACGUGUUCCAUCCAUCUGCAAUCAUCAACAGUCAGAGCAUGCAGAGAGUUAAGAAUUCGGACUCGGAGAAUCAGCUUACAACUCACAACCGAAUGGAAAGUGUCUAG